AUGCAAAGUGACCCCUUCGAGUUUCUCAAUAACUUUCAAGGUUCUAAAAAAGGUGAUCACAUUGAAGGACUCUAUCGAGUCAAGAAGUAUUUCAACGAUUUUGGUUAUCUUGAUACUCUUGAUGCUAACUACAAGGAUGUAUUCGACGAUGCAUUGGAGUCUGCGGUUAAAACAUACCAACUCAAUUACAACCUUGAAAUUACUGGAAUUUUAGAUUCUCGCACAGUGUCAUUUAUGAUGUUGCCUCGAUGCGGGGUUCCCGACAUUAUCGAUGGUACUAAUGUAAUGUAUAGUGGUACCAAGUCCUCGAAUACUUCACAAUCUGCCAUUAUGGUUCGAUGA